AUGACCCGGGGAGCCAAAGGCAGCAUGGACCUCGGAGGAGAGGCCGCUCCCCGCCGGCUGUCAUCGCGCUCCCGCCCGCCCCUUCCCCGCCGCCCGAACGGUGGAAAAGCAGGCGCCGAGGUGUUUUUUGUGAGCAAGCAGGACACACCUCGGCUGCGAAACUGCCAGCUGCGGUGUCCGACAGCUGUAAACCGGCGUCGACAGGUUGUCAGACAGCCCCGGGGGCCGGCGGGGAAGGAGCCCGCGGCCUUCGGGCCCGCACCCGCUGCCCGGCCGGUCGCGCGGCCACCGCGGGCGGAGGUGGCCCGGCCGGCGCUGGGCACCACGUGUUCGCCGGGAGGGGCGGGAGCAGCCGGCGAGGGCGGGCGGGAGCCAGGGAGGGGGCAGGAGGGGAGCCGGGGGCGGGGCCAGCGCUCAAGGGGAUGCCAAUCAAAGCAUCAACUUCAAAUUGUGUCUGAAAGCCCCGCCGCCGAGCGGAGGGCGGCCGCCGCAGUCGGCGCGCGAUCGCGGAUCCGGGCGCAGGCGGGAGCCGGGCGCCAGCGAGCACCCGGCCGAGGAGCAGCCACCGGCCCCCGCCUCCGGGGUUCACAGUAUGAGCUCAAGGACAACCCCGGGGUGCACCCCGCCACCUUCGCCGCCCACACGGCGCCGGCCUAUUACCCCUACGGGCAGUUCCAGUACGGGGAUCCUGGGCGGCCCAAGAACGCCACGCGCGAGAGCACGAGCACGCUCAAGGCCUGGCUCAACGAGCACCGCAAGAACCCCUACCCCACCAAGGGCGAGAAGAUCAUGCUGGCCAUCAUCACCAAGAUGACCCUCACGCAGGUCUCCACCUGGUUCGCCAACGCGCGCCGGCGCCUCAAGAAGGAGAACAAGGUGACAUGGGGCGCGCGCAGCAAGGACCAGGAGGACGGCACUCUCUUCGGAAGCGAUACCGAGGGGGACCCUGAGAAGGCCGAGGACGACGAGGAGAUCGACCUGGAGAGCAUCGACAUCGACAAGAUCGACGAGCACGACGGCGACCAGAGCAACGAGGAUGACGAGGACAAAGCCGAGGCGCCGCGCGCGCCAGCCGCGCCCGCCGCCCUCGUCCGGGACCAGGGCUCGCCGCUGGCGGCCGCCGACACGUUCAAGCCCCAAGACUCUCCCCUGGGCCUGGCCAAGGAGGUCCCGGAGCCCGGCAGCACGCGCCUGCUGAGUCCGGGCGCCGCGGCUGGCGGCCUGCAGGGCGCGCCGCACAGCAAGCCCAAGAUCUGGUCGCUGGCCGAGACGGCCACCAGCCCCGACGGCGCGCCCAAGGCCUCGCCGCCUCCCGCCGGCCAUGCGGGCGCGCACGGGCCCCCCGCGGGCGCGCCGCUGCAACACCCGGCCUUCCUGCCCAGCCACGGACUGUACACCUGCCACAUCGGCAAGUUCUCCAACUGGACCAACGGCGCGUUCCUCACGCAGGGCUCGCUGCUCAACGUGCGCUCCUUCCUGGGCGUUGGCGCGCCCCACGGCCCGCACCUGUCCGCGCCGCCGCCGCCGCCGCAGCCGCCUGUCACCGUGGCCGCGGGGGUGCUCCACGGCGACAAGGCCUCGUCCCGCAGCAGCCCCUCGCUCCCAGAGAGAGACCUCAUCCCCAGGCCGGACUCGCCGGCACAGCAGUUAAAGUCGCCCUUCCAGCCCGUGCGCGACAACUCGCUGGCCCCGCAGGAGGGGACGCCGAGGAUCCUAGCAGCCCUCCCAUCAGCCUGAUCCAGGGGCUUCUUUUACUUUUGCGGGGGGAGGGGGGAGAAGUUCGGGAGGGAGGGGGUGAGGGAGGAAUCAAGACAAAUAUUUCAAACUGGUGUAAAGGGCAAAUCUGGCAACGAAGUCAAGGACUCCCAUCCAUCGCUUUCUGCAGAAAGGGGCUCGUCCGGCCCGAGCUCGCGUCCAGGCAGCCCGGCCUCUGCCCGCAGCCCCGGGGGGCUGUCACUGUGCUCCAGGCGAUUAUCAGUUCGGUAAAUGCCCCCAUGUGCUUCUGUCUUUCUUUCUUUCUUUCUUUUUUCCUUCUGUAUAUAGAGUGAUUUCAGAUUGUAAAUAGCGCGUCAGCAAACCUGUCUAAAUCAUAUAUUUUUGUCUAAUAAACUAAAUGAAAUGA